AUGGCACUCGAUGACCUUAUUAUGACAAUUGAUUCGGAUGCGGAAGACACUGUUGAGGAGCCAAGGAAACCUGCAAAAGAUACGCUGAACCCAGAGUUCACGUUCGACGUGACUGGGGACGUAUACGACGAGGUACUAAAUGGGCAGGAUGGUCUGGGAGACUUAGUUAAAGGCUCAAAACGGGAACCUGUUUCGGUAGACGACAUUAUUGCGCGAAGAAAGCUGACCGAUGCUUCGAAUAAACGAAAGAGAGCAUAUGACACGGAAGAUAAUGACGACGAUGAUGAAGACGAGGACGAGGACGAGGGCGAGGGCGAUGAAGAAGAAGAUCUCGGUGAUGAGGAGUUAAAGAGCGACGAUCCAUUAGCAACAUCAGAGGAUGAAGAGGACGAUGCAGAUCAACUCUCUGAAGCCGAGUUAGACGACGAAACGGACAAUGCCUCAGACUCAGAUGGCUCCUCUGGCACUGAGGAAGAAACUCAAGCCGAAAAGGAACGGAAAGCAGCGUAUUUCGCUUCUCCAGAUGACCCUUCAGUGUCUGGCCAAGUACAUACAUCUUUUACGACAAUGUCUCUUUCUCGACCCCUCCUAAAAGCUCUUACUGCACUUGGGUUUUCGACACCAACACCCAUCCAAGUUGCCACUAUCCCUGUCGCUCUUCUGGGGAAGGAUGUUGUCGGAAACGCGGUCACUGGGUCCGGAAAGACAGCGGCGUUCAUGAUUCCUGUCCUUGAGCGUCUAAUGUACCGUGAGCGCGGGAAGAACAAAGCGGCGGUCCGCUGUGUUGUGCUUGUUCCGACGCGCGAGCUUGGUGUGCAGUGUGUAGACGUUGCAAAGAAGCUCUCUGCAUUCAUGGACGUACGAAUAUCUUUGAUAGUUGGUGGACUUUCUCUUAAAUCGCAGGAAGCAGAGCUUCGAACGCGUCCGGACAUCGUUAUCGCAACACCUGGCCGACUUAUCGACCAUCUGCGUAACUCCCCUUCCUUCGGGCUGGAGACCCUUGAUGUGCUCAUUCUGGACGAGGCCGAUCGAAUGCUUUCCGAUGGAUUCGCAGAUGAAUUGAAAGAAAUCAUACAAGCCUGUCCAACUUCGCGGCAGACGAUGCUUUUUUCCGCAACGAUGACGGACGACGUGGAUGCACUUGUGCGGAUGUCACUCAACCGACCAGUGAAGCUAUUUGUGGAUCCGAAACGGAGCACCGCACGCGGGCUUAUCCAGGAAUUUGUCCGCGUUCGUGCUGGAAAAGAGGCCGAGCGCGCGGCGUUGCUUGUUGCAUUGUGUAAACGGACGUUUAAGCAGGGUGUUAUCGUUUUCUUCAGGAGUAAGAAGCUUGCGCACCAAAUGCGAGUUGUGUUCGGGAUUCUCGGUAUGAAGGCGGAGGAAUUACACGGCGACCUUACUCAGGAACAGCGUCUUCGCGCUCUGCAGCUGUUCCGUGAUGGUGCGGUGGAUUUUUUAAUGGCAACGGAUCUCGCCUCUCGGGGUCUUGACAUCAAAGGUAUUGAGGCGGUUGUCAACUACGACAUGCCUGGUCAACUGGCACAAUAUCUUCAUCGAGUUGGGCGAACGGCUCGUGCCGGAAAGAAAGGACGAUCGGUGACCUUAGUUGGAGAGGCUGACCGGAAGAUACUCAAAGCUGCUAUCAAACACGCCUCUGACGUAGACAAGGUCCGGCAUCGUACAAUCCCGUCCGAUCAGGUGUCAAUAUGGGCGAAGCGACUGGCGGAGAUCAACGAUGAGAUAACAGAGGUAUUAAAGGAAGAGAAGGAAGAGAAGGCGUUACGAUUGGCGGAAAGAGAGCUGAAAAAGGGAGAGAAUAUGAUUGAACAUGAGAAGGAGAUCUUUUCUCGGCCUGCACGAACGUGGUUUCAAUCCGAGAAGGAAAAGCUCAAUGCAAAAGAAAUUAGCAAGAAGCAGUAUGAGAUAGCUGCAGGUGCCACUUCUCCGUCAAAAGGGAAGAAUAAAGAGGUGCAGGCAGAUGCAAAGCCUAAACGGGAUAAAUUUGCCGGGCUUUCGCGCCGGGCAAAGCGAAGAAAGCUCGCACUUGAAGAGGGUGCAGCGGAAACCACAGCUGUGCGUGCGGCUGUCCGAAACGCGAAGAAGGCUGGACGACCAACGAAAAUUGGCAUGCCGGAACCAAAACAACAGAACCCGGCUAAAUCAAAAGGCUCAGGGAAGGACAGGAGGGGGAAAGCAGGUCGGGUGACCGGUCGGAAAGGAGUAUUUGACAAUGAGAUGGGAGGGAAACGGAAACCAAGCAUAAACGAAGGUGCCAGAGCCAAUAGGACCGAUAGAAUCGGGGGUAUGGGCAAGAAGGGUCCAAAAGGGAAGGGGAAAGGGAAGCGGUGA